UACGGAUGUUUCUGCCUCUCGGAAUGGACCCUCUGCACCUCCCUUACUUAGGCAGUUACCUUAUUAUGGCGCUUGCAGCCAAUGCUGGGACAGGGUUUGCAGUGGCAGAGCCUCAAAUUGCCAUGUUCUGUGGGAAGCUAAAUAUGCAUGUGAAUAUCCAGACUGGGAAAUGGGAACCUGACACUUCUGGGACCAAGAGCUGUUUUGGAAGAAAGGAGGAGAUUCUGCAGUACUGCCAGGAGAUGUAUCCAGACCUUCAGAUUACGAACGUCGUGGAGGCCAACCAACCUGUCAGCAUCGACAGCUGGUGUAAGCGAGGGAAGAAGCAGUGCAAGGACCACACUCAUAUUGUUGUGCCCUACAAGUGCCUAGUGGGUGAGUUUGUAAGUGAUGUCCUGCUGGUUCCAGAAAAGUGCCGAUUCUUCCACAAGGAACGGAUGGAUGUGUGUGAAAGUCAUCAGCACUGGCGCACUGUAGCAAAAGAGGCCUGUCUGACGGAAGGGAUGAUCCUGCACAAUUAUGGCAUGCUGCUGCCCUGCGGAGUAGACCAGUUCCACGGCACUGAAUACGUAUGUUGCCCUCAGACAAAAGUUGUGGAUGAAGCACUUUCCAAAGAGGAAGAAGAUGAAGAUGAGGAUGAAGACUAUGACCUUUAUAAAAGUGAGUUCCCUACAGAGGCAGGUGUAGAAGACUUCACAGGGACAGCUGUGGAGGAAGAUGAGGAUGAAGAGGAUGAAGGGGAAGAGGAGGAGGAGGACGUGGUAGAAGAUCGUGAUUACUAUUAUGAUAGCUAUAAAGUAGACGAUUACAAUGAAGAGACCCCCACAGAGCCCAGCAAUGACAAGACUCCUUCCGAAAAAGAAGUCAGCAGCGAUAUGAAAUCUGUCUGCUCCCAGGAGGCGAUGACAGGGCCCUGCCGGGCUGUGAUGCCUCGUUGGUACUUCGACCCUAACAAGAGAAAGUGCAUUCGCUUUAUAUAUGGAGGCUGCGGAGGCAACAGGAACAAUUUUGAGUCAGAGGAGUAUUGUAUGGCUGUGUGUAAAAAGAUGAUGCCUACUGAUGAUGUAGAUGUCUACUUUGAGACCCCAGCUGAUGACAACGAGCAUGCCCGCUUCCAGAAGGCGAAGGAGCAGCUGGAGGUCAGACACCACAACCGCAUGGACCGGGUGAAGAAGGAAUGGGAGGAAGCAGAACACCAAGCCAAGAAUCUCCCCAAGGCAGAAAGACAGACUCUCAUUCAGCACUUCCAGGCAAUGGUUAAAUCUCUGGAGAAAGAGGCAGCAAGUGAGAAGCAGCAGCUUGUGGAAACUCACCUGGCGCGUGUGGAAGCCAUGCUGAAUGAUCGCCGUCGGAUUGCCCUGGAGAACUACCUGGCUGCCCUGCAAGCUGACCCGCCCCGGCCCUACCGCAUCCUGCAAGCUCUGAAGCGCUAUGUUCGUGCUGAGAACAAGGACCGACUGCACACCAUCCGCCAUUACCAGCAUGUCCUGGCAGUUGACCCAGAAAAGGCUGCGCAGAUGAAAUCUCAGGUGAUGACACAUCUCCAUGUGAUUGAGGAGCGAAUGAAUCAAAGCUUGUCCCUGCUCUACAAGGUGCCAUACGUGGCUGAAGAAAUCCAGGAUGAAAUUGAUGAGCUGCUUCAGGAGCAACGAGCAGACAUGGAUCAGUUCACAUCCUCCAUUUCUGAAUCCCAGGUGGAUGUCAGAGUGAGCUCUGAGGAAAGUGAAGAAAUUCCCCUAGAGGGCAAACCCUUCCGUCCGUUCCAGGUGAAAACCUUCCCAGCCUUGCCUGAAAAUGAAGAUCCUCAGCCGGAUUUGUACCAUCCAAUGAAAAAAGGUUCUGGCAUGACUGAGUUGGAUGGGCUGAUUGGCGCUGAAGAAAAAGUGAUUAACAGCAAGAACAAAGUGGAUGAAAAUGUGGUAAUUGAUGAAACCCUUGAUGUGAAAGAAAUGAUUUUCAAUGCGGAGCGUGUUGGCGGGCUGGUGGACGAGCCGGAUAAUGACAACGCCCUUCGUGAUGACUUCAGUUUCAGCAGCAGUGCCCUUAUUGGGCUCUUGGUGAUUGCUGUUGCCAUAGCUACUGUUAUAGUCAUCAGCUUGGUGAUGCUGAGGAAGCGGCAGUAUGGGACCAUCAGCCAUGGAAUUGUGGAGGUUGACCCAAUGCUUACUCCAGAGGAGCGGCAUCUGAGCAAGAUGCAAAACCAUGGCUACGAGAACCCCACUUACAAAUACCUGGAGCAGAUGCAGAUAUAAAAGAGAUGAAGAUGCAGCAGCCCUGAUCAGAAAAAGAGCAGGGCGGGAGGGCCAAAGUGGUCCAGCGUUUUGGAUCAACUACUGACCAACAGUUGCUUCAAGAGGACUUCAUCUUACAUUCAGAACUCCUGGAUCAUUAAGACUAUAAUUACUACUGUAGAGUUGCAAUUUCCAUUCUUUUAAAUGGGUGAAGAAAUGAUAAUAUAACAAUAUGAUAUAUAAAUCUCCUUAAAUGGGAAAAAUGGAUCUAUUGCAGAUAUUUGACUGAGAUGUAGUUUUCUUUUUUUUGUUGUUUUUUAAACUGAAAAAUACCAGUUCCGUUGUACUGUUGUCUGAUACAAGCUCUAUAUAUAUAAUGGGAAAUGUUGAUUUUUAUUUCCGAUAGACCACCUGUAUAUUGAGGGUUAUUUGUACCAGCCCGCCUUGUAAAAAGGAGACAGCUGUGGCUCUUCAGUCAUUCUGGCUUUUAUAUAUAAAGCAGUAUUUUUUUUUUCUUUCUUUCUUUUUUUAGUGAAUUUUGCUGGGAGUUGCAAAGAGAUUAAUUUAGGGUUAGGAACUCUGAAAGCAUAAGCAAGGAGAAAUUUGGAAUGAUAACUAACAAAAAUUCUUAUAACCCCCCCCCCCCCCCCCCCCCAAAAAAAAGGAGGAAAAAAAAAGAGAGAAAAAAACCAUCCGCAUAUGCCAGUGAUGUGCACCCUGCUGCUUAGCAGUCUGGGUUCUUGGAAUCAAGACUCCCUGGAGGCAAGGAGUUAAAAGGCUUCUAGCAUCUCUGUUUAUAGCUAUUCUAGUGGAAUGUUAGAACAUGGUUUGUGCAUACUGGGGUCUGCACAUUCCCCUUUCCAAUUCAGUUCUGCUCUAGAGUUGGAAGUUCCUGGUAAUGAAUUUAAAUCCUCCGAUCUGAACCAGUUUCCUUCAGUACUCACCUGGCAUUAACAGCCCCCUCUUGCUACUACUUUCUAAUUUUCCCCAGCUCUCCUGCCUCACCAACAUGGUAAGUAGUUAGAGAGACGCAAUUUUUUUGAACCUUUGCGACUCUUCCAGUGAUGUUGGGCCAUAGGCAUGGUUUUGGGUAUUUGCCCAGAGAUGACAAAUCAUUGCAAUAAUCAGUACCUUGGGAGCUGAUGAACAUGGAGAGAAAAGAGGGCUAAGUUGGGAAAGGGAUACUGCCUGCUUUAAGGGAAAUUGGAGGCAUAGGCCCCGAGAAGAACGAAUGGGGCGUUGUUCCACUCACCAUCAUGUCUUUGUAAUGCUUGUAUAGUUGGUGUUAAUGCUCACGGCUUUUUUAAAUCUGGAGGUUCUGGUAACCUGUGGUGUAUUUUUUCUAUUUUUCCUGUGACUUUACUUUCUUUCCCCUUCCAUGUCUCUUCCCACUAUGCACAGAUUUACCUGCAAACUCCUUAGUGUGGUCUGUGGGGAAUGUACAAAGUUGAAACACAUCAAUAAACACUUUAACUUCCA